GCCGCUCGCUCCUCUGCCGAUGGCGCGCAGCCGCCUGGACGCUAUGGAAACUCUACCAUCCUUCAAAGAAGUACCAAACAGUGAGCGUGCGAAUCUUUUUGUGCGAAAAUUGCGCCUUUGUGGCAUCAUUUGCGAUUUCACUGAUGGAGGAGGAACGGAUAGAGACAAGGAAAUCAAGCGACAGACGCUUUUGGAGCUUGUAGAUUACGUGAACAGUGCAAAGCAACCUUUCGUCGAGGGAAUCAUGCCCGAAGUUGUGACAAUGGUUUCUGCGAAUAUCUUUCGCCAGUUGCCUGCUCGUCCAAAGGACACACCGUUCGAUCCAGAGGAAGAUGAACCUAUCCUUGAACCUGCUUGGCCUCACUUGCAUAUCGUUUACGAAUUUUUUCUUCGUUUCGUUGUCUCUGGUUCAACUGAGGCCAAGGUUGCCAGAAAGUACAUCGACACAACUCUGAUCACAAGAUUUCUUGAGCUGUUUGACUCUGAAGACCCACGCGAGAGAGACUACUUGAAAACCAUUCUUCACCGAAUUUAUGGAAAAUUCAUGCCUCAUCGUGCUUUCAUCAGAAAGGCCAUCAGCAACGUCUUUUACCGCUUUAUUUAUGAAACAGAGAGACACAACGGCAUUGCUGAGCUUCUGGAAAUCCUUGGAAGCAUUAUCAACGGAUUCGCAUUGCCAUUGAAAGACGAGCACAAGCAAUUCCUAUCAAGAGCACUUAUUCCUCUGCACAAGCCAUCAGGCUCCUGCAUUCAGCAAUACCACCAGCAGCUAUCCUAUUGCAUUACUCAAUAUUUGGAGAAGGAUCCAAAGCUCGCGGAUAUUAUUUUGAGAGGGUUGAUAAAGUACUGGCCGCAUACUAACAGUUCCAAAGAAGUCAUGUUUUUGAAUGAGCUGGAAGAGUUGUUAGAACUGACUCAGUCGGCUGAAUUCGCCAAAGUUGCUGAGCCCUUGUUUCGUCUGAUUGCAAGAUGUAUCAACUCCCCACAUUUCCAGGUGGCUGAGAGAGCGCUUUUUCUAUGGAACAACGAAUACAUUGUCUCCUUGAUUGCUAAGAGCAGAGACGUAAUUUUGCCCGUGUUGUAUCCUGCUCUCGAAGCAAACACAACGAAGCACUGGAAUAGCACUGUUCAUGGACUGACCUUCAACGUCCAAAAGCUUUUCAUGGACAUGGAUGCAAGGUUGUGGGAGGAAUGCACGCAAAAACAUAAGAUGAACAUGGAGAAGAAUGCAGCUGCGCAUUUGUCGAGGAAACAGAAAUGGGAACAGCUCGAGCGGGCAGUUGGUGUAAAGGGAUAGAGAUACUGAUACAAAACAGUGGAAUCAGGAACGACUGAAUGUGUUAAAUGAAUCGCAGAUAAACCGCC